AUGUCUUCCCUCUGGCCCGCCAUCGCCGCCCUCAUCACCUUCAUUGGACUCGCCAUCAUGGCCGUCCUCCACUUCUGCUGCUGCCCCUCCUUCUCCUCCACCACCUCCCCCUCCCCUGACUACAACGACGACGACGACGAAGAAGCACUCCGCCGCCCCAGGCGCUACCGCCGAGGACCUCCCCAGCACGGCCACUUCAACGCCGACUUCAACUUCGGAGCAGGUCGCGGCACCAGGGCCGUCCAAGGCUCCGCGGCAAGCUCCCAAAUCUCUCCGCGCACGGUGUCGGCGAGGCCCGUGGAGUCCUCCUCGCCCGCCUGCCUCUCGCCGCACACGCCUUCUCGUCCUGCUGCCGCCCUCCCAGAUCCCUCUGCGCCGGCCCGCCCCUCGCCUCCUCGUGCCACCACCGCCCUCCUGGAGUCCUCGUCGGCCGCCCUCCUCUCGCCCCACACGCCUCCCCGCCCUGCUGCCGCGCCCCAGGAGUCGCCGUCGUCGGUGUACUCGCGUGCCACGGGCGGGGAGUAGGACUGCUGGAGUGAGUCCAGGGACGUCCGGGGAUGGUGUAGAGCAGGGCGACGGGGCGUGACUUCAAGUCGAAAAGGGUGACUUCUGUGGGGAAGAAACUAAGUAGAUGUAAUGAAGGCGUCAAAGUGGAGUUUGCUUGUUCUGUGAUGUGCUCUGAUGUGAAUGUAUGCGUUUUAGGUUUGUGUUUGUUGGCGGGAAGUUGAAGAAUUGAUACUGUUGACGUACGCUGUCAUGGCCUUACUAUGGCAACUACGACAUCGAAGGAAUCAAUGAACAUAGCGAACGUGGGGAUAUAAGCCUAUCGUCAGCUACGAGACCAACAAAUCUUGACGGCAUCUUGACGAUAGGACAUUGAACAUGUGACGAACGAUCACCGAUGUGAUGGAAAGAGCAGAGUUCAGAAAUCAAACUUU